AUGAUGUCCAACUUGCACACAACAAGCUCUAUUCCACGACUCAAGAGAACAAAGAAAUGGAUCUUGCUAUUCUUUGUUUUCUGUUAUUCUGCAUGUGUUGGAAGCAGUAUUCCAGGUUCAGACCACAACCCUCAUUUUAUCUGCACCCCCAUCCCUGCUGAUACUGAUCCCGGGUGUUUCCCUACAGUGGGCGCCACUAUUGGCCCCACAAAUGUACACCACAGUGGACCAAACGGGAACAGCGGGUAUGGUAUGUCUGAGGAGGCAAAAGCCACAAUCCUACACCUGCGGGAGAGUUUGGUUCAACAGAAAGAAACCAUCCUGGACAUGAGGGAGACUAUCAGAGAGCUCACUGCCAAACUGAACCUGUGCGAGGGCUUAAGUCGUAGCAUGGCCAACCAUGACGACCAACCACAUCGGACGCCUGCACGCAUGGCCCACCACGCCUACCUGCCAACCCCUGAUAAGGCUCAUCUCGGGUGGAUGGGGCCUGAUGGUCACCAUGGCAACCAUGGACUUGACCUGGGUCAUUACGAGGAUAGUGCCACAGGACAUCACAGUGGAAAGGCUGCGUUGAGUGAGAAGCACGUUGGGGGUGCUGAGAUGACCCUUUCACCGUCAUCCACGCCAGAGCAGAUCAACAGGAUGCUUCAGACCCUGAAAGAACGGCUGGAGAAUCUGCAGACACGAAAUACCUCCACAACCUACUCCAGUUCACUGAAGGAACUCUUGCAAAGGAAGAUCAGCGCCCUUGAACAACAGAUACAACACCAUUCUGCAUCACUAACCAAUUACAGUGAUGAUGAUGAUGGUGAUGAUGAGAGCCACCAUGACCAUGAUGACAGCCUUCAUGAGGACCACCAUGAUAAUGAUCACCACGACGAUGAUCACCAUGAUAAUGAUCACCACGACGAUGAUCACCAUGACGAUAGCCACCAUGAUGACAGCAGUCAAGACAAUGAUCACUAUGACAAUGAUGUUCCUGAAUAUGGCUUUGGGAGGUCAUCUUAUCACUCACGGGGGCACAAAGGAGCAUUGAAUAGAGUGCACAGCAAGUUGGACGCAGUUCUCAAUCAUCUGCAGCACAGACUUGCUGACACAAGCUCUAGAAAGAACAGCAAAGUCAAUGAAGCUUUCCAGAUUGGAUUCCCCAUGCAAACAAACUACAUGUACGGUCGUGUUAAGCGCACUCUGCUGCACGAGAUCUUCUCAUUCACUUUAUGUCUGUGGAUCAAAGCCGGUGUCGGGCCUGGACUCGGGACACCGUUCUCCUACUCGGUUCCUGGUCAAGCCAAUGAGCUGGUUCUUAUUGAGUGGGGUAGCAACCAGAUGGAGCUGCUGGUUGAUGACAGAGCCGUCACUUUACCCCUAUCUCUGAGUGAUGGUAAAUGGCACCAUGUGUGUGUGGCGUGGUCAACACGGGACGGCCUAUGGGAGGCUUACCAGGAUGGUGUGAAGAGAGGCUCAGGUGAAAAUCUCUCUCCCUGGCAUCCUAUCAAACCUGGAGGAGUCUUCAUACUGGGACAGGAACAGGACACACUGGGAGGCCGUUUUGAUGCCACACAGGCAUUUGUUGGUGAAAUCUCAGAUGUGCAGAUGUGGUCUCAUGUUCUCACAGCCCAUGAUGUCUACAGCUUGGCUUCAUGUGGUGGUCAUAUGACUGGUGACAUCAUCGCCUGGUCAGAAUCAAUAGUGGAGCUGCAUGGAGGGGUCACCAAAUAUCCCUUUGACCCCUGUCAUUAAAGAGUGUAUAAUUCUUCUGAAUGGCAAAAUGUAAAAUCACAGUUCAUUUUGAAACACUUCAAUGACUUCAAACCUGGUUUUAAUGCAAAGCUUCCAAAACACUGCCUUUUGUUUACAUAAUAAAACUUAAAUGACCCCAUGACCUUUACAAUUUCAACAUGUAGUUUUGUGUUGUUAUCAUGUAUUUAUAUAGCUCAUUUCUUUCUUACUGAACUUUGUAUUAUUUUAUUCUUCUACUUAAAUGACACUUUGUCAUUCAUUUUUGAUGCAAGAACAUAUUGUCAUAGAUUGAAUAGAAAAGCAUAGAAUGUGUGGAUGCUGACCAGAAGUUAAAAUGAGACUAGAAAAGAGAAACCAGUUUAUAAAAGAUUCAAUAUCUUACACUGUAAGAAGAAUCUAUAAAAGAUGCAGCGAUACCAAAGAGAUGAGUUAAAAAGAGAAAACAAGUUUGCUAUAUUUAAUAUUUUUGUGGAGUUUUUUUUCUCUUAGGUUUUACAGUAAUGCAUUUGAUAAAACCAACUUGAGUAGGCAUUUCUGGACAUUUGUAAUAUAUUUUUAGAGUAUUUUAGAAAGGUGUUGUGUAAUAAUUUGCAAUAAUUUAAUCAAUCUAUUUGCUGAGGCACCUGUAAAUGGUUAUUGAUUCAAAAGACUUGAUUUCAAUAGUAACUUUCGUGUUUUAGACCAUUUAUUUAAUGUUUUUAUUUGUUUACUAAUUUGCAAACAGAAAUUCAAUAAAGCAACUAAACUUUACAAUUAAACAAACUUGCUGUUCAAAUCUGAAGCCUCACAUCACUGGACUACACUCUCUGAAAAAUAAGGUACAACACUUGUCACUGGGACAGUACAAUUUUGGCACAGAUAUGUAGCUUUGAGGUACUAUACCAAUGUGCACCUUUUAAAUGUGUGCUUUUUGAAAAGGUAUUUGAUUUCAUAAUUGCAUAAAUAAAAUGAGUUGUGCAGUUUUGACUUACAAAGUCUCUCAGAUAAAUAGCAGCUCUGUCUUUGGUUAUCCUUUUGCCAUUAUUAGAUCAUAAGCCAGUUAAUCAGAAAG